AUGAAGUACGAAAAGACCAUGGAUCUCCACAUCCAAGAGAUUCAGAAGAACGAUUCGGAUGCCGACUCCUUCCACUCGGCCAUUUCAACUGCCCCCGAACGAGAUCCUGUAUGCAGGAGUAAACAGGAACGCCCAACCAAGUCCAAAAGCCACAUGAGAGAGAGUCGAUCCGGAACACAGUCAACACACCCUCGAUCCAACUCUCUGGGAUCCAUUGAUACGGAAAACACAUGUUCUAGACCAUCUUCGGGUCGAUCGAGACGAAGUUCGGUUUCUAAAUCGAGACGGGAAAGCAGCAUCGCGAAGAAGAAGCCCCCGCGGACGGAAUUGGCAAUGCGGCAUCGCCAGCUCUUCUCCUCGCUAGACGGAGUGCUGGCGUUGAGUCGAGAUGGUACUCCUCUUCCGAGCGCACCGACCUCACAGACAUCAAGCCGGCAAGCGUCCAUUAUCGCUGAAUCAUCAUCGGGGUCCUCCAAUGCAGACACGGUACAGCGAAUCUGCGAGACUAUUGAUGCUAAACUCCAAUUGGCGCAAGCUCAACAUCGACUUCUCCCCGCUCCGUCCAUACAUUCCUCCUCUUCAUCGUUCGCCGGCCGCGACGAGUCUCGAUUAACGACACAGUCACAAGUCAGUCCGCGGAUGUCCAUGUCCCAAGAUACCUUGCAGGAUAUUUCCAGCACCAGCAUCAGGGACUGGAGAUAUAAAAAUAACAGCAGUGGCAUCGUCACCCUACCCAGCACACAUCAACAUUCCCGACAAGAUCCUCAAUUUGAUGUUGUCAUGUCGUGGACCUCGGAUGCGACCCGGCGCAGCGAGUAUGCGAAGAUCGACCGCGCACAUAGUGGCUUCCAUGGCCUCUUCCGCCGACUUCUUCCAAGGUCCCUUUGCCGAAAUGCCAGAAGAGGGUUCUUCACCGGCGACUGUGAUGGUGACAGCGUGAGGCGGUUUCGGAUUGGUGUUUCGGAUGAGGUUGAGGACGAUGAUCGGUCUAUCUGCCACCCUAGUCAAGAGGGAUGUGGGUGA